AUGGGCAACGAGACUGAUGAGGAAGCAGACCUGAUGAGAAAGAACAAACUGUUGAUGGAAGCAAUGGCCGCUCAGUUGAAGCAAACCAUGUUGGAAAGCAUGACUGAGAUGAUGAAUGAAAACAUGAAAGAGAUCAGAAAUGAAAUCAGACAAGCUACUGGUCAAGGUCACAGUAAUGAGUCCAGAAGGAACCGUCGAACUCACACUCCACAAGAGCAUGCUGGUUCACAGGAAACUGAUAACUACUAUGAGCGCCACAUAAGUGAGAGAAGUGGUUCUUCCUCAGCAUCACGAGGUAGUAGAAGAAGAACUCGUCGUGAUCAUGAUGAUAGAAGACCUUACCGUGAUGAACUUGCUGGUUUGAAGCUUAAGAUCCCUCCCUUCCAUGGAAAAGUUGAUCCUGAUGCUUAUCUUGAGUGGGAGAAGAAGAUUGAGAUUGUAUUCAACAGCCGACACUACACCAAUGCUCAGAGGAUUCAAUUUGCUGCAACUGAGAGGAUGAAUCAAGAGUAUCCAGUUGAUACUUGGAAAGAGAUGAAGUCUCUUAUGCGCAAGAGGUUUGUGCCUAACCACUACCACCGGGAUCUUCAUCAAAGAUUGAGGAGACUUACACAAGGAUCCAAGACUGUGGAAGAGUACUACCAGGAGAUGGAGUUGCUGAUGUUGAGGGCUGGUAUAUCUGAGGACAGAGAAGCUACUAUGGCAAGGUUUCUUGGAGGGCUUAACUGCGAGAUACAAGACAGUGUGGAGAUGCAGCACUAUAUAGAGAUAGAAGAGAUGUUGCACAAAGCUAUUCUGGUGGAGCAACAGAUUAAGAGAAAGCAUCACUUGCGAGGCAACUAUGGGUCCAGCAAGUAUCAGUACACUAAAGAAGAGAAACCAUCUUAUCUGAAGGAUAGCAAACCUCAGCAGAAAGAAGAUAUUAAGCCAAGCAGCACAUUCAGCAAAGACAAAGGCAAAGCUGAAGCUACAAGCUCUAGAACUAGAGAUGUUAAGUGUUUCAAGUGUCAAGGAAGAGGACAUUAUGCCAAUGAGUGCACCAACAAGAAGGUUAUGAUUCUACUUGAGAAUGGAGAGUAUGAAUCAGAAGAAGAGCACUCCGGUUCUGAUCUGGAAAUGUCUGGUGAAGAGAGUGAAGUAGAACCGGUUAAAGGAAGGUUGUUGGUGACAAGAAGACUCUUGAACUUGCAAACUAAGACUGAAGAAACUGAGCAGCGUGAGAACCUCUUCUACACUAGGUGUUUGGUUCAGGGAAAGGUGUGCAGCCUUAUUAUUGAUGGUGGAAGCUGUGUCAAUGUAGCUAGUGAGACUAUGGUGAAGAAAUUGGGUCUGAAAGUUCAGAAGCAUCCUAGACCUUACCGGUUGCAGUGGCUCAAUGAGGAAGGUGAGAUGAGAGUCUCCAAUCAAGUGCUGAUACCUAUAGCCAUUGGUAGAUAUGAAGAUGAGAUCUUGUGUGAUGUAUUACCAAUGGAAGCUAGCCAUAUUCUUCUUGGUAGACCAUGGCAGUUUGAUAGGCGAGUGGUUCAUGAUGGUUUCACCAAUAAGCACUCUUUUGAGUUUAAUGGAAAGAAGACAGUGCUGGACUUCAGCACUCUAGCAGCUCCACUGACUGAGAUUAUCAAGAAAAAUGUAGGAUUCAAGUGGGGAGAAGCACAAGAAACCUCAUUUCAAAUCCUCAAAGAGAAGCUUACUAACUCUCCUCUCCUUAUACUUCCUGAUUUCUCUAAAACAUUUGAAAUUGAAUGUGAUGCCUCAGGAAUUGGUAUUGGUGCUGUGUUGAGGCAGGAUAGAAGGCCCAUAGCAUACUUCAGUGAGAAACUAAGUGGAGCUACUCUCAACUAUGCCACUUAUGACAAAGAACUAUAUGCCUUGGUGAGAGCUCUACAGACUUGGCAGCAUUAUUUAUGGCCAAAGGAGUUUGUCAUUCACACAGACCAUGAGUCUCUCAAGUACCUCAAGGGACAAAGCAAGCUCAGCAAGAGACACGCCAGAUGGGUAGAAUUCAUUGAAACCUUUCCUUAUGUGAUCAAAUACAAACAAGGUAAGGAAAAUAUAGUUGCUGAUGCACUAUCAAGAAGGUAUACUCUCUUGAAUACUCUUGAUGCUAAGUUGCUAGGAUUUGAACAACUUAAGGAUAUGUAUGCAACUGAUUCUGACUUUCAGGAAGCUUAUCAAUCCUGUGAGAAAUAUGCUGCAGGACAUUACUUUAGGCAGGAUGGAUUCUUAUUCUAUGAUAAUAGAUUGUGUGUGCCUAACUGUUCUUUGAGAGAUUUAUUUGUCAGGGAAUCCCAUGGAGGAAGUUUAAUGGGACACUUUGGUAUUGCCAAGACUCUUAAGGUUUUGCAGGAUCACUUCUUUUGGCCACACAUGAAACGAGAUGUUGAGAGAAUCUGUGGAAGGUGUGCAACUUGCAAAGCAGCUAAGUCAAAGAUCCAACCCCACGGUUUGUACACUCCUUUGCCUGUUCCUACUCACCCCUGGAAUGAUAUAUCUAUGGAUUUUAUUGUGGGUUUGCCAAGGACCAAGACAGGUAAGGAUUCUAUCUUUGUAGUUGUGGACAGGUUUUCUAAAAUGGCACAUUUCAUUGCUUGCCAUAAGACUGAUGAUGCAUUGCAUGUUGCUAACCUGUUCUUUAGAGAGAUUGUGCGCAUUCAUGGCAUGCCUAGGACUAUAGUUUCUGAUAGAGAUACUAAGUUUCUUAGUUAUUUUUGGAAGACUCUUUGGUCUAAGCUAGGUACUAAGCUGUUAUUCUCUACUACAUGUCAUCCACAAACUGAUGGGCAGACUGAGGUAGUUAAUAGAACUCUUGGAACUCUCUUGCGUGCAUUCAUUAAAAAGAAUCUGAAAUCAUGUGAAGAAUAUUUGCCUCACUGUGAAUUUGCUUAUAAUCAUGCUCAGCAUUCUGCUUCUAAGUUUUCCCCUUUUGAAAUUGUUUAUGGGUUCAAUCCCAUCUCACCUUUGGAUCUAAUGCCUUUACCUGAGUGUGAAAGGGUCAGUAUGGAUGGGAAAAAGAAAGCAGAGAUGGUACAGCAAAUCCAUGAACAGGCAAGAAGAAACAUUGUUGAGAAGACCAAGCAGUACACCAAAAGAGCAAACAAAGGCAGGCGUGAGAUGAUCUUUGAUGUAGGUGAUAAAGUGUGGGUUCACUUGCGCAAGGAGAGGUUUCCUAAAGAAAGAAAGUCCAAGCUGAUGCCAAGGAUAGAUGGUCCUUUUGAGAUCAUCCAGAAAAUCAAUAACAAUGCCUACAAGCUUGAUCUUCAAGGUAAGUAUGAUAUAAGCAACAGUUUCAAUGUUACUGACUUGAUCUCUUUUGUUGCAGAUGAGCCAGAUUUGAGGACAAAUCCUUUUCAAGAGGGAGGGAAUGAUAUGAUCAUGGACCAGUCAAGUAAAGAAGACAAGGAGACCAUGGAGGAACCAGCUGAUGAAGAUGCUCUCACCAUGCCUAAGGGUCCCAUGACUCGAGCCAGAAGCAAGCAACUCAAAGAAGCCAUUGGAGGACUACUUAAGACAUCCAUGAAGCAAGAAGAAAGUCUUGGAAGAAGCUUGAUCAACCAAGACACACUUACCACAAUUCAAGCUAUUUCUUUUUCUAGAUAGUCAUCAAAUGAGCAAGUAGCAUAUGUGUGCUCUUUUUCCCUAUCUUUGGUUUUGUCCCACUGGGUUUUCCAAAGAUAGGUUUUUAACGAGGCCAUAUGUUGCUUUCCUAUCACUCAUUUGAUGUACUUAGGAUUUUCAGAC